AUGAACUCUAAUCAUCUGGACCCAUUCGCUGCGGUUGGCGCUGGCACAAAGCACAAGCAGAUCCAAGAUGCCAAAGACAUGUACCAAGUAGUCGUGGACCGCGCAGCAAGAACAAACACUGCCGUGCCUGACUAUGAGUUCCUGGAACUCAUCGGAAAGGGGUCCUUUGGUAGAGUGUAUAAAUGUAAAAACGGUGCUACACAGGAGAUUGUAGCCGUAAAGAUCAUUGAUGUCGACGAUCUGGAUUACAAGCUGGAUCUUGACCAAAAGGAUGAAGCGAUCGAGGACUUCCGGAAAGAGGUCAAGACAUUGAAACUUCUUAGAGACAGCCAGGCGAAGAACAUCAACUACAUCCAGGAGGCAUUCGACUUGCAUUCUCAACUGUGGAUUGUCAGCGAUUAUUGUCCAGGUGGUAGUGUGCACACGCUCAUGAAAGCCACCUCAGGUCCCGGGCUUGAGGAGGAAUACAUCAUUCCGAUUGCUCGCGAACUGGCUGUGGCGCUCAAAUACGUACAUGAUGCGGGAGUCAUCCACAGAGACGUCAAGUGCGGAAACGUUCUGAUAUCCGAGUCAGGCCAGGUCCAGCUUUGUGACUUUGGUGUGGCAGCUAUCAUUGAGACUGAGGCGUCAAAACGUUCGACCAUCAUAGGAACGCCGUUCUGGAUGCCCCCAGAGAUGCACUCCAUGGACAUGGCAGUCCAACAAGGUUAUGGAACUGAGGUUGAUUGUUGGGCGUAUGGCUGUACUGUGUACGAGAUGGCCACAGGAAUGCCACCGAACCACAAGUUUCAUCCAUCGAUGUUGAGGACUGUGUUGAAAGCCGCACCGCGGUUGCAGGAGGGUGACUACUCACAAGGUCUGCGGGAUUUCAUCGCGUUUUGUCUGGAAGAGAAGCCGCAACACCGCCCCACCAUGAAGGCCAUCCUUGAUCAUCCAUUCAUCUCAGACUCAACCGUCGAAUAUCCUACCCUCAAAGUCCGCGAAAUGGUCGAUCGUUACUAUCAGUGGGAGAGACGCGGCGGUCAAAGAGCGUCACUCUUCAAUCCAAUGGGAGCUGCCGCACCCCAGCCUUCAGAGCAACGCGACGACUACGACGAUUGGAACUUCUCAACCUCCGCUGACUUCGAAGACGACUUU